AUGACAAUACACAUUGUUGUUCUAUCCUGUCCCAAACACAGCACCCACACCAACGUCAUCUCGAACUGCUGUUUCACUGCUAACGGACGCUACUUGUGCACUGCAUCAUGGGACAAGACUCUGCAGCUGUGGGGCGUCCAGACAGGAACGUUCCGUUCCCACGGUGGCCUGACCCUUAGCAAGGGACACGACGGAUCCGUCAGCUCCUGCACCUUCUCUGUGGAUGGGUCAGUCCUUGUGUCGGGGGCGUAUGACAGAACAGUGGCUGUGUGGAACAUGGAGACCCUCUGCAAGACCCUGGAGUUGAAGGUCACAGGUCAUGCAGUUGGGUGA